GCCAUGACCACCUCUCCCCUCAUUCGUCGGCGCCAGUGUCGCACCCUUAAGCCGAGCCAGUUCGUCCUGUCGCCGACGUUCUGAAGGACCGAAAGAGGCGGCUUGGAACUCUUGUCUGUCAGUCGGGGGGUAUCCUUGUCACCAGAUUAGACCAGCAAGCCAUCCCAUCCUGUCACCUUUCAACGCCAAUGCGGCAACUGCGCUGGUCGGCCCAGCAUGAUAAGCCUCACCACACAAGUUCAGUCACCCAACCCCUUUAGGUGGCGGUAGUCCGUCGCUUUUCGUCGCAACGACUAGUACACGGAAACGUUGCCCUUCUCCUGGUGUGCGGCAUAGACUUCAAGGCCGACCAGUUUCCUCAAUCCGCGAACUCUCUACGCUCUCUACCGACGAUUACGCCAAUACUUCGAGACGAUCUGCAGGCAUCUUAUCGGCGUCAGACCCUGCUUCUACGCAUCCAGAUACCCUCGGCAACGGGCAUGCGAUUCUCGACGGAGGUGGCCGAUGCCUAAAGCGCGCCAAGUCUCACCGAACGAGCGACCCGACGUACAAACGCCAUAUCUCACGAUCGACCGAUAUACACGAUAACAAUUCGAACACACGGCCAGACACAGAGCCAGACUCAAUAGUAUCCCCCGCGACGAGCGGUGUAGACGGCGACGACGACCCCACUAGUCUUGAUAUCUACCAUUUACAUACCGACACGCUACGGAAACGGGGAUGGCGCCGUACAACGAGGACGUGGAACUCAGUGCGAUCAAGAUCAAGGAAGACUCCCUCACCCUCGGGAGCAGCUACAGCAUGCGGCGGGAACCCAUCUACGACCCGAGCCCCGCGCCGGGCGUCCUGAGCCGCGUGCUCGAGAGCUUCAGGCGCGCGCCCACGCAAAUGUCCGAUGGCAGCAUCCACAGGCCAAAGAGCAACUCGUCUCUGGACCUCGAGCCCGGCCACGAGAGGGUGCUGAACGGCGUGCAUUACUACGAUAUCCGACUCGCCAACCUACAGACCUCGCACUCCCUCCUCUCGAGAAAGCUCAAGGGCCGGCAUUUGCAGAUGAUUGCCAUUGGCGGUUCCAUCGGCACGGGACUAUUCGUGGCUUCUGGACAGGCGCUCGAGGUGGGCGGGCCGGCGUCAUUACUGAUUGCCUUUUCGCUCGUGGGCGCGAUGUUAUACUGCACUUGUCAAGCGUUGGGGGAGUUGGCUGUUGCUUUCCCCGUUGCGGGUUCGUUCUCGGCAUACUCCACGCGAUUUCUGGACCCAUCGUGGGGUUUUGCCAUGGGUUGGAACUAUGCACUGCAAUGGCUUAUUGUACUACCCCUCGAAAUCAUUGCGGCUGCAAUCACAAUAACGUACUGGCAAGAGGGCAUAACCAAGGCUUACUUUGUCACCAUUUUCCUUAUUGGUAUCGUCGCUAUCAAUCUCUUUGGUAUUAAAGGGUAUGGCGAAGCCGAGUUCAUAUUCUCAAUUAUCAAGAUCAUUGCGGUGAUUGGCUUCAUCUUACUAGGGAUCGUUCUCAACUGCGGCGGGACUCCAGACACGGGCUAUAUUGGCGGUCGCUUCUGGCAAACGCCGGGGGCAUUUCACAAUGGCUUCAAAGGCCUCUGUAGCGUCUUUGUCACCGCUGCUUUUGCUUUCGCCGGUACUGAGCUGGUCGGUUUGGCAGCGGCCGAAGCGGCGAACCCACGCAAAUCCCUCCCAACCGCCAUCAAGCAGGUGUUCUGGCGCAUCACCCUGUUUUACGUCGUGGCCCUUACUCUAAUUGGGCUUCUUGUGCCCUACGACGAGCCCCGUCUCCUCGGUGCUUCCUCCUCCGCCGAUGCGACCGCUUCCCCCUUUGUCAUUGCCAUCGAGAACGCCCAGAUUGAUAUUCUGCCCUCCGUCAUGAACGCCGUCAUCCUCAUCGCCGUUCUUUCCGUCGGUAACUCUGCCGUCUUCGGUUCAUCUCGAACCCUCGCCGCGCUGGCGGACCAGCACCAGGCCCCGCGUUUCCUCUCGUACGUCGACCGCAAAGGUCGCCCUCUGACGGCCAUCGGCGUCGCGUCCGCCGUCGGUCUCCUCGCCUACCUCGCCGACUUGAAGCAGCAGGACCAGGUCCUCGACUGGCUCCUCGCCAUCUCGGGCCUGUCAUCCAUCUUCACCUGGGCUUCCAUCUGCCUCUGCCACAUCCGCUUCCGCCACGCCUGGGCCCGUAAAGGCCACGGCCUGCACGAGCUCGCUUUCCGCUCCCAGGUCGGCAUCGUCGGCUCGUGGUGCGGCCUCAUCAUGAACGUCCUCGUACUCAUCGCCCAGUUCUGGGUCGGUGCUUUCCCCGUCGGCUGGGAGACCUGGGACGCCGAGUCCGUCGCGAAGAAUUUCUUUUUGCGGUACGCCGCGUUCCCCAUCGUGGCCAUCAUGUACGUCGCGCACAAGUUUUACUUCCGGACCGUCUUUAUCCGUAUCGAGGACAUGGACGUCUCCACGGGCCGGCGAGACUUUAACCUCGGCAUCCUGGUUGCCCAGGAGCAGGAGGAGAGGCGGUCGUGGCCUAGGUGGAAGCGUGUGUACAAGUUUUUGUGUUGAAGCAGCAACUCGUGUGUUUUUGGGGGGUUUUGCUACAAUGAUCGACGUACAGAAGCAGUCGAAGAACCUCUUUUUAUUUUUGAUGUUUUCUGGAUAUGGAAGCGAGGGAUAUAAACAGCGUGGCGUAUGGACAUCCUGCCGGGGGGGCUGAUCUUGGUACUUUACAACUUUUUCUUGAUCAUUCAUGUUGAUGCCAUGGUAUACUGUAUGCCUAGGUAAUCGGAGAUAUCCGCCAUAUCUGGAUGACCAGAGAUCAUCACCAGAAAGAAUGGCUUCUAUUAGAAUGGGGAUGACACAAUACACAGUUCAUGUCUGCAUCAUGGAUCCUCACGGGCAGUGCCUACAUCGUAUCAUCCACUGUAUACCCAUUGUCAGAAAGAGCAACUGGCCCGUUCUACACAGUGACAGUAGUCAGCUACUCUUCACGAGGUUCAGAUGCCGUAAUUUUAUAGUCAGCGCGUCAGUUCUACCAGCAUCAUAUCAAUCCUUCCCAGUAGUAUUUUUGCCAGGAAAUCAAGUAGGUAGAAAUGUGUUCGGUCUGUUGGAUAUCAUGGGCUAUGUCUGUGCAACAAUAGAAGCGGUAG